CUGUGAUAUUUAGCUAAUCAGAAAAAGAUGGAUGACAAAAAGAAAAAUAAAAUAAAAAGUGAAACUACGUCAAAAUAAAAAUACUAAAUGAAAGCACAUAGAUGUAAAAGUUAUUUGAAUGAAUAUGUUAACAUAGCUUUUUAUUCAAGCGGGAUUUACGGUCUGGAAGACGUCUGGCCUUUGAAAAAUAAACCGCUACCGAAAGACUGCGAUAGAUCUUUUUAAAUCACACUUUAAUAUCACUUCAAAUAACGCUUAAAUCUUUUUUUAAUUUACUCAAAAUAGUGAAAACAAAUUUUUUUUUAUUUAUUUUACAAUGAAUACACCGUUUAAUUGUAAUUAAAAGCUUGCGUUUAAACAUUUGAUUAGGAAAUACUGUAAAUUCGAGGAACAAGUGAUAGAGGUGGUGAUGAAACUUGAGACUUUUUAGUCAGCAAAUUGAAACUUGAAUUUAUCGGACUGACGAGUGGCAGUUGCACAGUGCCAGUCUUACAUACAACUUCGCAAAGAUAACAGAACAUUAUGAAUAUCGUAUUACAUUCAGUGAUUAUCGUACUAGUAUCAUGUGUGAUAUUUGGAUAUGGGGAUAUUCUCUUUAAGCCUAAUUCUGGGCAACUGGGUAAUUAUGGUCAAAAUGGACAAUUUGGGAAUCCAGGGUUAGGACAAUCUGCGUUACCUGUACAGUCUGGAUAUAAUAAUCAAUUUGGACAAUUUGGACAACAAUCUGGACAAUUUGGACAACAACCUGGACAAUUUGAACAACAGUCUGGACAAUUUGGACAACAACCUGGACAAUUUGAACAACAGUCUGGACAAUUAAGACAACAGUCUGGACAAUUUGGACAACAGCCUGGACAAAUUGGACAACAAGCUGGACAAUUUGGUUUACCUGUACAACCAGGAUAUAAUAAUCAAUUUGGACAAUCAGGACAAGCUGCUCUACCAGUUCAACCUGGAUAUAAUAAUCAAUUUGGGCAAGUUAGAAUAUCUGGACCACUUAGUCAAAUAGAGCAACCUGGAAUGUCUGGGUCAUUUGGACAAUUUAGAUCAUCUGGAUCAUCAAAUAAUCCAUUUAUGAAUUCUGUACAUUCAGAAUUUGAACGUUACCAAAAUCUAAAUAAAGAAUUAGAAAAAACAAUUAUGGAAAUGAUUCAAAACAAAACGCUUCAAGUACCACCAAAUUUUUCACAGUUAUCAGGAUCACUACAAUCACAAAUUCAUCAACUACUUUUACCGUCACUAUUUCAAAAUGUUCCUCCGAAUAUUCCUUUACCUGCUCUACCUCAGCCUCCAUUACAACCCAACCCAAUUAAUCCUUCUUGGAUACCGUUUCAGCAAAACAAUCAACAAUGGCCCAAUAUCAGACUCCACCGAUCUUCACCUGCCGAAAUUCAAACACUUCAAUCGCAAGGUUAUCAAAUUGUAAAACUCCGAGAUUAUCAAAAUUUCAAUCAACUCCCGAAACCAGGAUUCACUUUUUCCGGACUCAAUAUUGGGAACAACGAACAAACAUCUGAUAAACAAAACAACAGCUCGUUGGCCAAGAACUCGACCUUAGAUGCAUCAAAAAAUAAUUCAAAUAACCAAGAACACAAAACAGAUCUACGUGCAGCGAGUUCAGAAGACGAUUACAUCGUCGGAUCUCCUCUGCAAAUUUACAAACAUCAACAAAAUAUUGAGCAGCAUCAUCCAGCAGGAAAAACAGAUCUCAUGAAUACAUUCUAUUCAAACAGUUCCAAAGAACAGGAAUCAAAAGGCUCUGAGUUUAAAAAUUCAGCAUCAAAUUCAAAAGAAAAUCCUUCAAAUUCCUUCACUUUUAGUAACUUUACACAAACGAAUAAUUUCAACAGACAGUCAACUAACGCAUUUAGCAGUUCUACAAAAUCUGGACAACCACAGCUUCCAAACGAUAAAGACGGAACCGAUGGGUUAAAAAAAAGAUUUGGUGACGAUUACAUUGGAUUAACAGAAGAACUAGCCAAAAAUAGAUCAGAAUUAUCUCAAACAAAGGCACCAGCACAAGUAUUUUAUAGAGCUGCGUUCAAUGGAAACCCUCACAAUCCAGUAAUAUUAUCGUCGUCUACCAAAACCAUGGCUAUACCGCUAUCAACUUCAAACAUUUACAAUCACAACCCAUACAACUCCUACACUCCUGUUAAUUCUGCUGGACGAGCACUUUAUCCAUUAUCAAAUGUUUGGCCGAGGUAUGCAACGUAUAAUAAUAAUUAUCAAGCAAAUUUAAUGAACUCGAUGCCGAGGAAUUUAAUCAACCCUAUGAAUAAUUUUCAAAAAAAAUUACCAUAUGGACCAUCUUAUUAUUAUAAUAAUUAUCAAUAAUUAUUAUUAUCAUUAUAAUUAUAAAUUUUUUUACUUAUUGCUCUAGUAUUUUGUUAUUUGUUGACUUUAAUUAAUUAAUUAAUUAUAAUUAUUUCAUCGGUUUAUUGUUAGUAUUUAUUGUUUGAUAAAAUGAAGUAAUUAUAUAAUUUUAAUUGACGUUUUUCUAUAUAUAUUUUAAUGAAUGAUAUAUCAUUGUGAACCUUAUCGAACUCCGUCCAAUAUAAAUUGAUUAUU